CACUGGCAAGUGGUCGGGAGAGGCGUUCACACGCACGACGUGCGACGACUCGCCCGUCUCGGUCGAUCGGUACCAGCGUUCACACGCACGACGACUCGCUCGACGCCUUCACACGCUUGACGACUCGCCCGACGCUUCGACUCGCCCGUCUCGUUCGAUUGGUUUUACAGGCGUUCACAACCCCCACGCGCUUUACCAUGGACGACCCGAAGCCGGCGACGGCGCGGAUCGCCGUGCUGGCGGCCAUGCUCUUCCAGAACGUGGCCUACACGCUCCUGCGCAGAUACAGCCAGGGCGUGCUCCACGAGAAUUAUAGUUACGCCGAGGUGCUCGUCCUGGCCGAGGUCGCGAAGACCGCCGUCGCCGGCGCCGUCGCCUGCCGCGGCGAGGCGAACCCGCUCGCGACGCUCGCCGCGCUCGUGAGGGACUCGCGGCAGAUGCUCUUCCUCGCGAUUGUCUACGCGACGAUGAACCUGUUGUCGUUCGCCGCGCUCCGCCGCGUCGACGCGUCGACGUUCACGGUCUGCGCGCAGCUGAAGAUCCUCUCCACGGCGGGCUGCUCCGCGGUCUUCCUGCGGCGCGCGCUCUCGCCGGCGAAGUGGCGCGCGCUCGCGUCUCUGACCGUCGGCGCGAUCCUCGUGUCGCGCUCCGCGCUCGGGGGCGGCGGCGCGGCGGAGGACGCCGGGGACCGCCGCGUCGCCGUGGUCGGCCUCGCGGCCGUGCUCACCGAGGUCACGCUCAGCGGCUUCGCGAGCGCCUACUUCGAGGGCGUCAUCAAGGCCUCGGGCAAGCGGCUCACGAUCUUCGACCGCAACUUCCAGCUGGGCCUCCACUCGCUGCUCCUGUACGGCGCGGUCAUCGCCGUCGAGGGCGGCGGGCCGCCGAGCUUCCGGGGCUUCUCGCCGGCGGCCGGCGCGCUCGUCGCGCUCGGCGCGGCGGGCGGUUUGCUGGUCGCGCUGACGUUGAAGUACGCGGACGCGAUAUUGAAGACGCUGGCGACGGCCGGCGGCGUCGUCGUGUCCAUCGCGUUGGAGGCGCUCCUCCUCGGCGCGCCGCUGUCGGCCGGCACCGCGCUGGGCGCGGCCGUCGUCGUCAUCGCCAUCUUCGACUACGCGCUCGACGCGACGCCGAAGCGCGAGGACGAGCUCGAGGACCUCCCGCCGCUCCUCGACGCGCCGACGCGCGACGGUGAUGCGUAAGAGGGGGGUCCCUUCGACUCACAGGCGUCGAGUACGAUGCAAUUUUAGUAUUUUGAAC